AUGUGGGGUAAAUUAAUCAAGACACAACCACGCUGCGGCCACUUGAUCGCAUCAACAACCUGCGGCCUCUGUGACAUUAUUGGUGAUGUUAGCUACGAAGAAUUGCGAGCUGCAUCAUGUGAUGAUUGCAAUCAAUUGUUGAAAGAGAGAAAUUUACUCGACUCGAAGUUGAUUGAGUUCAAUAACCUUCUUCGUCAUCCCUACAUAGCACCCUCAAAGCCAGCUCCUGCCGGUCAGAGCCCAUUAUUUGGAGCCGCUCCUAAUGCAAUUCCGGCUACAGCUCAAAAUGCUGCCCCUCCCUCGGUUUCCAUCAUGCAACAAGUCUGCAUUGCAACCAACUUCCAAACCAGGCCCUUGGAAAUUCCUUCUCCCCUCGGUAUAGCACGACUCUUUGGCUACAUUGGAGUAAACAGCAUUCAAAGUAUUUCUUCCUCCGUUGUCAAUGCAAAACCCAUCAAUCCAGUCUCUUAUCCCUUCCAAUGGGAACAAUUCUGCGUUAAAUGCAGCAGGGCAAGCAACUACAAACAGUUAGCCAGCAUAGAACUUGAAAAAUGUUGGGAAACAGACGAUCCUCAUUUAUCUGUUAGCAGAAAUAUGGUGCAAAGGGGGGCUGUUUCAGGGGAUGCAAGCAUCUGGUUAAAAGAAAACUGGCUUCCUGGAGAGGUACGAGAUUCCUUGUGUGCUUCUCUUAUAUGGGACUUGCAAUUAGAUACGCUUUCCAAGUCACAGAUUCCAGAAGAAGCACCUCCAGAGGAACAUGUCUUCCAGAAAAUAUUUCACAGGGCACAUAGAAUGUAA